CAUUCUGCCCUAUUGGUGGCAGUAUUGGAAUUGUUGGUCCUAUGAAGCUGAAAUAAUUUAACUCGAAUUAGGGGCCUGGAAACGAGUUUAUUGUUUGAUCAGUUACCGUUCUAGCAAUUGAACAAUAUACAAUAGUAUUUCCAAGUCAAAGCACUUCGAUUUUUUUUCAGACUCUGGUUGUGUACGUGCAAGUUAUCGGUACCUCGAACGAGACGGCGAACACAAAGGCCUGCGAAUGUAGCAUUAGCACGUUAGAAGGGGGCAGACGGGAGCCCAGCUCAGGCACCUUGGCAGAAUGUACCCAAUGGAUCCAGAGAGGCGAAGUCACCAGAGGGAGUAUGAAGAGCCAGAGACAUGCAGUCAGCGGAAGGAGUAUGAAGAACCAGAGACAUGCAGUCAGUGGAAGGAGUAUGAAGAACCAGAGACAUGCAGUCACCAGAGGGAGUAUGGAGAACCAGAGACAUGCAGUCACCAGAGGGAGUAUGGAGAACCAGAGACAUGCAGUCACCAGAGGGAGUAUGGAGAACCAGAGACAUGCAGUCACCAGAGGGAGUAUGGAGAACCAGAGACAUGCAGUCACCAGAGGGAGUAUGGAGAACCAGAGACAUGCAGUCACCAGAGGGAGUAUGGAGAACCAGAGACAUGCAGUCACCAGAGGGAGUAUGGAGAACCAGAGAUAUUCAGUCAGCGGAGGGAGUAUGGAGAACCAGAGAGAUGCAGUCAGCGGAGGGAGUAUGAAGAACCAGAGACAUACAGUCAGCGGAGGGAGUAUGAAGAACCAGAGACAUACAGUCAGCGGAGGGAGUACAGAGAACAGAGUUCAGGGCAAUGGGACGAUGGCCUUGAGACGAGAGGCAACGGCCAGGCUAUGGCCAGAGAUCUCUACAGUGAAUACUCCAGCAUGAGGAGGACUAGAGAAGAUUGGGAGGACUAUGGUGCUUCCUCUGAUAUGAGCUACACAAUGGACCCAUCGUCCAGAGACUGGAACGAAGGCUCAUUGAGGGGUAAUGGUGCUCCCUUCUCACCAGACACAGAUGGGGAGGUUGAUGAGGAUCCUGUAGAGCUCAGUGUGGAGGACCUGGAGCUCCUUCGGAACAGGAUGGAGCUGGAGAUCAUCGAGGAACAGAUUGCCCUUAAAAAAGCUGUUCUUGCCAUGGAAUUGGUUGGGCCUGAAUCAAAGGCCAUCUGUAAACAGAAGACGAAGGACAAGGACCUUGAAGUGUUAACAACAAAUGUUUCCAAUAACGAUGUUACUCUUAAAGAGAGGGUGAAUUGCAUUUUGAGAAAGCGGGCAUGGACCAAUGAAUGUCGCUCAAAGGAGGCUGCCAACCAGAAGGUCCCUCCCAAGCUUGUUCUCCAUCCGCCCAAAGUGGUCAAAAGCUUUGUGGAACGGAUGAACGAGUCCAUCCUGCACAAAGACAGCAGAUUGAAGGGCAGCCUUACCCUGGACGUCCAUGAAGAGGAGCAUCCUCUGAAACUCAAAGUGGAGGCUUUAUUGGCACAGCGACACAAUCCCACGGUGAAUAAGGAGGACAAAGCAGCCAAGGGCUUCCAGCACUUCCUCGAUGUCCUCAACAAAGGGGUGGACAUCGACAGGCUCUCAAAGAUUGUCAACAAUUCCAAGGAUUUACCCUCUGUGGGAGAGGAGCUGCCACAAGGUCAGCCGCCUCCACUUCAUGGCCAGCCCGAGACCAACUCUAAGAGUGAGAGGACGGUGCCCUCUCGCAAAAGGCGCUCCCGAUUUGACGAGCUCCCACAAGGUUCAUUCAAUAUACUCUGGGGUCAGCCCACACUAUUCGGGGUUCAGCCCAAUCCGUUUGGGGAUCUGUUGCAUCAAGUGGCCCAAGCAGGUAGGGUUCUGCCACAGCACCGCAGUCUCUUACAAAGUGGAGGAGGAGAGAUUGGGCAACAUAGCCUUAGCUUAGGCUUCAUCCAGGCUAUGGAUAGCCCAAAAAACAAAAAGCCCAAGUCUACACAGGUGGAGGAGAAGAGGAAAGGGAUGCUUAAGUCCAAGUCUCCACCUGUUGAGAAGAGGAAAGGGAGGCUUAAGUCCAAGUCUCCACCUGUUGAGGAGAAGAGGAAAGGGAGGCUUAAGUCCAAGUCUCCACCUGUUGAGGAGAAGAGGAAAGGGAGGCUUAAGUCCAAGUCUCCACCUGUUGAGGAGAAGAGGAAGGGGAGGCUUAAGUCCAAGUCUCCACCUGUUGAAGAGAAGAGGAAAGAGAGGCUUAAGUCCAAGUCUCCACCUGUUGAGGAGAAGAGGGAAGGAAGGCUCAAGUCCAUGUCUCCACAGGUGGAGGAGAAGAGGAAAAUGAGGCCUGAGGAUGAGCAGAAGUACGGACAGAUCCAGAGCCUGCUGCAGACUGUUGGGCUGGAUCUGGGGGUGGAGGAGUUGGGCCGACUGAACGACAGAAUCCAGGAGAGGCUGUAUGGGAAGAAGAGAGACCUGGGGAAGAAGGGGGGCAAGAAAGAAAGUGUGUGGGGGGUUGAGAAAGAGGAGAGCAAGAAGGGCAAAGAGGAGAGUGAGAAAGAUAAACAGAAGGAGAAAGAGGAGAGUGAGAAAGAUAAACAGAAGGAGAAAGAGGAGAACGAGGAAGAUAAACAGAAGGAGAAAGAGGAGAGCGAGGAAGAUAAACAGAAGGAGAAAGAGGAGAGCGAGAAAGAUAAACAGAAGGAGAAAGAGGAGAGCAAGAAAGAUAAAGAGGAGAGCGCAUGCUCAAGUAAAUGUCACAGUAUUACUUUGUUAUCGGAUAGCUCCAACUCCAGCCCUCCUUGCCAUCGGUGGACCGCAAAAUAUAAACGCUCUAGCACCAGAGACCAGGACCGAGACAGAGACAGGGGCAGAUCUGAGAGAGACAGAGACAGACGCUCAAGCACCAGAGACCAGGACAGAGAGAGAUACAGAGACAGGGGCAGAUCUGAGAGAGACAGAGACAGGGCUUCCGGGGGCUUUACCCAUACUCCAACAAUCCUACACACCCUCCUGCAUCUUUGA